AUGAAUAUCCAAGCAUUUUUGGUUCUAAUAGUACUGCUAGCAAUUGGAGCGAAGACCCAAUCUGUUUCCACUGAUGAAAAGUGCACAUGUUCAACUGUUAAAUCGAAAUUUGACUGUGUCGCGUUAGGGUGCACUUUCACUCCAUCCACAACAACAACAGCUGCAACAUGUACAUCAACACCGACUGCUCUUGCUGUUGUAAGUGUGUAUUGUGGUUCCAUCUCAACACCAGUCACGAACUGUCCUAAAACUAAGGGAUGUGCUUUCUAUGAUGGGAAAUGCCAACAUUUUAGUGGAUGUUAAGCCUUUCUUAAAACAACAACUAAAGAUUGUUAAGCAAUCUCAACCUAUUGUAUAUCCGAUGGGGUUUCUUGUAUUGACCCUAAACCUUGUGAAAGCUAUCAAACUAAGGAGAUAUGUAAUACUAAUGUUAGUGACACCUCUACUUAACUUUGUAUUUGGGAUGAAACUGCCACUCCAAAAUGCAGGGCACCGAAGUGUAGCGAGGCACCCCAGACACUGAAAACAGACAUCGAAUGUAAUUUAUUCAAGGUGGGGUGUGUUACAAUAGGAUUGGGAUGUGCAGAUUAAAAGUCUUAGUGUUCCUUAUACAAAUCCGAUUGUUAUAACAUGAUAGGAUCUGAUGGUAUUUGCGGGACAGCUUCAGAUGGAACAUGCACUCUAAGAAGCUGUGAUUCAGCUCCUUAAGAAUAUACAACAGAUGAUUAAUGCAAUUCCUAUGUGUAGGGAUGCAUCACAAAUGGAUCUGGAUGCUCUAGCAGUCCUUUGCCAUCGUGUGCAGAUUAUAAAAUUGAUGCAGCUACAUGUUUGAAGAGAAAAGGAGUCGAUGGAAAUUGUGUUGGAACAUCUUAGAAUGUAUGCCAAGUAAGAACUUGUGACAAUGCUCCAGCCGAAUUUUUCUCAGCUAUUUUAUGCAAUUAAUAUUUAUCAGGUUGUAAGUAUAAUGGAAUCAAUUGUGUAAGUGAUCUCCAGAAUUGUUCUGCUUACACAGGAACAAAGGAUACAUGUGCUAAAUACAUCGGUUUAACAGGAUAAUGUUGGGGAGCAGCCACAAAUGACUCCACUUCUAAUUGUAGAAAUAAGAUGUGUUCAGAUGGAGAGACAAGUUACAAUACAGACAAGUUAUGCUCAGAUUUCUUACCCAAUUGUUAUACCAAUGGGUAGGGAUGUACAGCAGAGAAGAAAGCCUGUUCAACAUAUUCUGGUACUACUACAACUUGUAGUAAAUGGAUAGGAUCUGAUGGGAAAUGUGAAGGAACUGAUGCAACUACUGAUAAACCAUGUUAGGCUAAAUUGUGUGUGAAUGCCAAAGGAGAUAAUUAUGCGACAAAUGAUAAUUGCAAAGCUUAUUAAUUUGGUUGUUUGUCUAAUGGUAGUGGUUGUGUUCAAAGUGACACUUGUUUGGCUACUAUGAAAUAGGUGACAUGCACUGGUACCACUGACUGUUUAUGGGGCGGUGUUUGUGUUGAAAAUGAAUGUUCUAAAUUCACUUCAGUCAGUAUGUGUAGCAACAAUCUAGCAAAAGGAAGACCUUGUAUUUGGAAUGGUACUGUGUGCAGAGAGAAACUGUGUAGCGAAGCUGAUAAGGCCACAAAUACAUCAGAUGAAUUGUGUGGCAAGUUUAUGGCUAGAUGUGUUUAUUCAGGUGAUGGUUGCUAAGAUACUAAUGUUGAUUGCACUUACUUCAAAGGAGAUAAGACUACUUGUCCUAAUUUCGUAGCCAAUUCAUAGAAAUGUUGGUCUACUAGUGAGACUAAGGCAGCUUGUUCGAUUAGAUUAUGUACUCAUAAUACAACUGCCACUUCUGAUUCUGAUUGCUCUACUUUUCUUCCUGGAUGUGUUACUAAAGGUACUGGAUGUAUAAGUGCUUCUGAGCCCUGUUCUGCUUAUGUUGGCACUAUUGAUUAAUGCAAAUAAUUCAAAGGCGAAAAAGGAACCAAAAAGUGCUAUAAGGAGGAUGCUAAUUAGUAAUGUAGAAAUGUUAAAUGCAUUGACAAUUUAACUGCUACAACUGAUGGUGAAUGUGAUUCCCAUUUAACAGGAUGUUUGACAAAAGGAACUGGAUGUGUUCCUCCUGAUACUCCAUGUAGUUAAUAUCCUGGAAGUUCAUCAGAUGUUUGUUCUAAGUUUACUGGUAAUGGAGUUGCAUGUUGGUGGGAAAGUGGCAGCAAUUGUGUGGAUAAGAAAUGUUCUCACAAAACAACAGCCUCAGGAAGUGAUGAUUGCUCAUCUUUUCUCAAAGGUUGUGUCUAUAAUGGAACUGGAUGUUAAGAUAAAUCUUUAGCAUGUAGUACAUUUUCAGGAAAUGAAACAACUUGUUCUCAAUACUUCGGAAAUGGAUUACAAUGUACAAGAAGGAAUGCAUGUAUCGAAAGUGAUUGCACCGAAAAAACAGAUGCCACAUCCCAUUAAGAUUGUCUUGAUUACGCUCCCAGUUGCAGAUAUAGUGGUGUUAAUAACUCCUGUAUAAAUGUGGCAGAUAAUUGUAGUUCUUAUACUACUAUGACUGCAGAACUAUGCAAUUCAACUACUAAUUCAAGUGGUGUAAAAUGCUAUUAUGCAAAUUCAGCUUGUGCAAACAGAACCUGUGACUUAUUGGCUGCUGCUAAUUCUCAAACAGACUGUGAUUCAUACUUAGCAGGAUGCGUGUGGACAGGUACAAAAUGCACCAGCAAAGUUUCUGUUUGUACCAGUUAUACAAACUUUACAUAAGGUGCUUGUCAGGUAGCAAAGGAUUCAUCAAAUAAUCUUUGUUGGAAAUCUACAUCAGGCACAGGUACUUGUGAGGCGAGAGCAUGUUCUCAAGUUUCAAAGACUAAUGCUACAGAUUGUUACAAUCAUCUCAGUACAUGCACUUCAAAUGGUACCACUUGUGUUAGCAAAUAAGCCCUUUGCACAUCAUACACAACUACUUUCACUUAGACAGCUUGUAAGGAAGCCAAAACUACAGGAGGUGCUUUAUGUUGGAUGGAAACAGCUGGGCCAGGAUCUUGUAUAGCUAGAUCAUGUGAUCAAACAAUUAGUAAUCCUAGUGUAACUGUUUGUGCAGCUCACAUUCCAAAUUCAUGCACAUUUAAUGGAACAAACUGUAUUGCAAUUCAAAGUUGUACAGGUUACACUGGUCUUACUAUUGCUUAAUGUCAAUAAAUAGUUGGAACCAGUGGAUAUCCUUGCCAGAAAACAAGUUCCAUUUUAACUGAUAGUUGUAUUGAGAGAACUUGCUCUGAUGUAACAUUACCAAAGAAACUUAGCGAUUGCACAGGUUAUUUAUCGAAAUGCACAUUUGAUGGUACAAUCUGUAAGUUACUCUAAUCUACUUGUGAUCAGUAUAUAGAUUUUACUUAAGCUGCCUGUUAGGCUACUGUUACAACAACUGGAGAGAAAUGUUGGAAGUAAUUUGAUGAAGUAGGAAAAUGCGAAGUGAGGACAUGUACCAAUGCUCCAACUUAAACUUCUGAAACCGCCUGUAGAUCACAUUUGAGUACCUGCACAUUUAAUGGCAGUGGGUGUGUUGAUUAAUAAACUACAUGUUAAGGAUACACGGACACAAAUGCUUUGAAUUGUUAAAAAUUAUCAGCCUUCAAUGCUGGGGUAACAACUCCAUGUUGGUUGGUUUCUGGUACUGGUUCAUGCAUUGAUAAAUAAUGUGUGCAUAAUACAAGUGCAACAACUGAUUAAGAGUGUGAGUCUUUCCUUUCUGGCUGUGUUACAACUGGCAAGGGAUGUACAAAUAAUACUACUUUAUGUUCACAAUUGAGUGGAACCCAAGAUGGAUGUGCUGCUUUGAUUGGUAAUCUUAAGCGAUGUAAGGGAGCAUCUGAUUAAGCAGGUGAAUGUAGUAUUAAAUAUUGUCAAGAUAAUUCAACUGCUACUAGUGAUACUUAAUGUACUUCAUACAUGGCAGGUUGUUUAACAAGAGGUAAGGGUUGUAUUGCAUCCACAGAGCCUUGCACUGCAUACAAGGGAACUUAAGCUUAAUGCAAUAACUUUAAGGGUGCUGGCAGAACUUGCACUAAUACAAGUCAAGCAACUAGUUCUACUUCAUGUAUUGAGCGUAAAUGUAGUGAUAAUACGACAGCCACUUCGGACUCAGAAUGCUCUACUUUCUAAGUUGGAUGUAUUACAAAUGGCAAGGGAUGCACAUCAUUAACAUCUUAAUGUACUUCAUUUAUUGGAACCUAAUCAUCAUGUUCAUCUUUUGUUGGAAAUUCUGGAAAAUAGAAAUGUUAUGGUACAUAAGUUUCAACUCCUUCAGCUUGUGUAAUAAGAGUUUGUACUCACAAUACAACAGCUACAACUGAUAGUGAAUGCGAAUCAUUCUUGACUGGUUGUAUUACAAAUGGCAAGGGAUGUGUGUUACCUUAAGCCUGUUCUGCAUUUUAAGGAACACGAAUAUCUUGUUAAACAUUUUCUGCAUCUGAUAAACCAUGCAAAGGAGUGAGUUCAACAAUUGUGAGUGCAUGCAAAGCUGCCACUUGUUAAGAUGCUCCAAAUAGUUAUGAUACAGAUGAGUAAUGUGCAAAAUUCAAAACAGGUUGUGUUACAAAUGGGUUUGGAUGUGUCAGUUCAUUACUUUGUAAAAACUAUUAAUCAGAAAAGUCAUGCUCAGCAAAUUCAUCUUGUUCUUUCAUUAGUUCAUGUAGAAGUGUUGCUUUAACUGCUUGUACUUUAUUUACAGAUGCCUCAACUUGUGUAUCUACUCCAGUGAAAACCUAGAUUGGAAAAUGCGCUUGGGAUACCACCACGAAUGGAUGUAGAAAUUGGUAAUGUAGUGAUGCUCCAUUGAGUGUCAACACUCAUGCUGGAUGUCAAGCUCUCAAUUCUAGCUGUACUACAAGGGGAAGUGGUUGUGUCACUAAGGCUCAAUGUAGUGAAUAUUUGGAUCAAUCCAUUUGUCUAUCAGCCAAGUCAAUUCUGGAUGACACUUGUGUUUGGGAUACAACUACAACUACGAAUGUUUGUAGGAAACGAAAUUGUGCCGAUGCUCCAAAAGCAUUGAAGACUGAUGAAGGAUGUAAUACAUAUUUACCUGGAUGUUUAACUACUGGUUAUGGAUGUGCUGCUCCGCCUUUUGAUUGCACUGCCAACAUUACACAAACAAGAUGUCUAGUAGAUUCUGCUGGUAAUCCUUGCAUCUGGCUCAACACUUCAAAUAAAUGUUAAAAUUACACUAAAUGCACUGACAUCCAAAAAACCACCUUCUAAGAAUGUCAAGCCUAUUCCUUGUUCUGCACCUCUGAUGGAAUUAAUUGUGUGCCAUUUAGUCUUUGCGCUUAUUACACUACAUCCAAUAGUUGUUUAUAAGGAACUGAUGGUCUAUGCGGCUGGUAAGCAGACACCAAUAAAUGUGUUAAAUUUAAUUCAUGUGAACAAUUUGUCUCCUCACUCACUACCUAAUGUUCCACAUUUAAUUCCAAUUGCAUAAGCAAUGGUAAAGCCUGCAUAACAAAACUCAAAUGCAGUGAAUAUACAGUCGAAAUGGCAUGUCAAUCAGGAGGAACUGAUGGAUUUUGUAAAUGGGAAAACAGCAAAUGCAGAGUCAGACAAUGUUCUGAUGCCACCGAAGACACAACUGUGUUUGAAUCAUGUUGGAAGUUCAGUGCAGAGAAAGUAUGUACUACAAAUGGUUCUAAAUGUAUUGACAUUACCAAUUGCAGUACUUAUGGCAAAACCUAUUGCAAAUUAGGAACAGAUGGAUAUUGUACUUAUGAUGAUACCAAUUCAUUAUGUAGAACUAUGAUAUGCUCGGAUAACAAAGACACAACCAGUGCCGUAUGUUUAAAGAAAGUAGGUCUUAAAUGUGUCUCUGAUGGAACCAAAUGCAUCGAUAUUGCUAAGUGUUCAGCCUAUUCCGACAAAGAAGCCUGCAAUGGAGGUGGCACCGAUGGAGUCUGUGUUUUCUCCCCAUCCCAAAAUAACCCUUUAGUCGGAAUCUGCAAAUUGAUGACUUCCUGUUAAAGUGCUGCUCAAGAUCAAAUUGCUUGCUCGAAAGCACCUUGCAUUUUCAGUAAUAACGCUUGUGGACCUUAAACUUGUGCUUCUUAAUAGCAAGGUACCAAGUGUAAUUCCAUUCAAUCAUUUGAUAAGAAAACUAUCACUGUUUGCGUUCCUGAUGGAAAUGGUGGAUGUUCAUAAGGAGAUGCCUCAUCACUUUCUUCAAGCUUAUGCUUUGAAUUGAGUGGCAGAACAUAUUCUUGGAACCCAUCUAAGAGUAAAUGUGAAAAAUGUGCUAAGACCACCAACAACAAUUCCACAGAUACUCCUGAUGACGGCAGUGAAGAAGAAUAAACAACACAUGCGGUCUCUUUAACAACAGUGUUCCUUGUCUUAUUUAGCUUUAUUUCAGUUUGA